GUCUGCCUUCCUUCUUGAGCUUGGAGGUAGACAUCUGCAUAGCCCAGGGGCUCUGUGUGCAGGCAGAAGAAGCUACCAGAGAGGAGGCCAUGUUGCUGUUCUCUUUGGCCCUCAUCCUCAUCUCGUUGGCGGUCUCUAACAUCAUGGGCGAUGUGAACGAUGUUUGCGUUGGAAGCCCGGGAAUCCCAGGAGCUCCCGGGACCCAUGGACUGCCUGGCAGAGACGGGAGGGAUGGCGUCAAAGGAGACCCUGGGCCCCCAGGCCCUAUGGGCCCCCCUGGAGGAAUGCCAGGUCUCCCUGGGCGGGAUGGGCUAAUUGGAGCCCCUGGUGUUGCUGGCGAGCGUGGAGACAAAGGCGAGCCUGGUGAGAGAGGUCCUCCAGGGCUUCCAGCUUACAUGGAUGAGGAGCUCCAAAGCACACUCCACGAACUCAGACAACAGAUCCUGCAGUCGAUGGGAGUUCUCAGUUUGCAGGGGUCCAUGCUGGCUGUGGGAGAGAAGAUCUUCUCCACCAAUGGGAAGUCAGUCAAUUUUGAUGCCGCUCAAGAGUUGUGUGCUCAAGCAGGUGGUCACAUUGCUGUCCCAAGGAAUGCAGAGGAGAACGAGGCCAUCGCAAGUAUUGUAAAGAACCGUAACACCUACGCCUACCUUGGCCUGGUUGAAGGCCCCAACCCUGGAGACUUCCACUACCUGGAUGGGGACCCCGUGAACUACACCAACUGGUACACAGGGGAGCCCAGAGGUCAAGGCCGGGAAAACUGCGUGGAGAUGUACACAGAUGGGAAGUGGAAUGACAAGAGCUGCCUGCAGUACCGGCUGGUCAUCUGUGAGUUCUGAUCAAGCAUACACGUAGGCCACAAGAUGCAUAACACACUACCUUGCCUUUCAGCUUCCCUCCCUCCCAAGGAUCCCCACGGCUAUGAGAUGCUGUAAUUCCUUAUCAAUGAAAUUGCUUUGUAGCUAUUGGAGUUGGAGACCUCCUUAGCCACUCCGUUCCCCAGCUGGGCUCUGGCUGUUGCCCCUAUGAUCACUGAUCAGUCUUGACACUCCCCUUGAACCCAUUCUUAGAACAUGAGGGUUUUCACUAACCUUGACCUCAGCACGAGGCAGAGUCAUCCUCCUCCGUCCCCACCUUGUCCAGUUCCUUCUCUCACAGAUGGCAGCUGGAUGGAAGGAGCCUCUAAAGGCGCAGAGACUGCCUCCUUCCCUCCCCCUCGACUUGUCCACUGUGGCACACCCUCUGGCCAGUCUCAGCAAGACUUUGCAGUCGUGGUUGCUUUUGAUUAGAUGAGUAGACAUACUUUUAGGAAAGCAUGCAUGCGGGGCUGUCUCUGGGGUCUCCCAGACAUGUCUGGUCUCCAAGAAGUGCAGGGGGCGGUGAAGAGGUGGUCAACUUGACCCUGGUGACUGGC